AUGGUCACGGCCCGACAAGAUAGGGCCGCGGCAGGAAUCUCAUCACCAGAACUCUCUUCACCCCCUUCCGUCAUUUCUCCGCCCGCCUCUCCUCCUAGGACCUACAAGCCGACAAGAAAAGAUAUGGAUGAGAUAGUCGUCGGCUCGGAAGCGGCGACGAAAGAUGGACAGCCAGUACAGUUAACAGCGGCCGGUCUGCCCCGCAAGAAGCCUGGACGAAAGCCAGGAACCACGGUCAAACCGAAGGCCACUACAGCGGCUACCACCGAAACCACUCAAGAGGCCCCAAAGCAGCGGAAGCCCAGGAAGCCCAGGGAUCCUAACGCGCCUCCUGUACAGCGUAAGCGAAAGUCGGCACCUAACACCGAAGCGAACGUGGGCGCCGACUCGAAGUCUCUAGCGUCUGGUGCAUCAAAUGCGUCGCCUACCCCCACGUCCGCCACUCCUCCAGCAGUCCCGUCGCGCCAAACUAAGAUUACGGACCUCGUCAGCGUGGAGCCGAAGACGGAACCCAAGACACCUAGCCAGCAGGAUUUCCCUGUCAAGGCACCGAAACGUGAGCCACACGUGAGCUCUAUGAAAAACAUUUUAAACGCGACCGAUGUCCCCGUUCGCACCAGCGGUCAAAAUUACGACCCUAUUCGCGGAAAUUACGACCCCGUCCGCGAAACCAUGAUCACGCGCGACCCCUACGGGACGAACUCGAUCAACUCGCCACGCCAGCCCACAACCCAAGUGUCUAGCCGAGCUAGCGCUUCACCGUCCAUCUCUAUUCUCGUCGACCCCAUGCCGCACGCCCACCCUAUUUCUCCCCCGCAAGUGUCGCGGCAGUCUUCUCAACAACCAGUACUGCCGUUGCGCCCGACCCAAGAACCUCCCUCGAUUCCUCCUUCUCCUACACCGCAAGUACCGCGCUCGAGCCUUCCCGACACGAAGCCGAAACCGACAUCUUUCCCCGCGCUCGCCGUGGAAACCAAGAAGGCCGCAUCUGCCAAAUCCGAGACCCAAGCGAAGGAUAAGCCGGCGAAAGAGAGCAAGCAUGGCCAGACGUCCAAGAAGCCUUCGCCGAAGCAAAGAAUAGCACCUACCGCUGCUUCCUCUCCAAAGACACAUAACCUCGAAGAACCCUCGGCGGGCGGAGAAAAAGAGAAUGAACGGUCCAUCCUCGACUUUGGCAAAGCGAAACCCGGCGAAGAGUUCCAGGCGCCUACCAUCGUGCUGGAAAUCUCCAUCGCUCCCGGAGAAACCAACAAGUACGUCAACUUCAUGCGCUUGGCCGAGGACCGUUACGGUUGGGAUGCGCUCCACCCGCGACUGGCGGCCCACCGCGACCGUAAGGCACGCAUCGCCGCUGCUGCGUCGGCGCUUGAGAAGAGCGGAUCCGGCAGGGAAUCUGGCGAUGAGAUGUCCGAGGACGUUUCCGACGGCGAAGGCGCGAGCGCGGACCACGCUGGUGGUGCUGCUAGUGGUGUUGAUGUUCCUGCGAAGCCGGCGAAGAAGAAGCGUAACUUUAAGGAGGACGAAUACGAUAGGGAAGACGACUUUGUGGAUGACUCGGAGCUGUUGUGGGAGGAGCAAGCGGCGGCCAGCCGAGAUGGAUUUUUUGUUUACUCAGGCCCUCUCAUCCAGGAAGUGGAGAAGCCUGCUGUAUCUGAACCACCCAAGCGAGGACGCGGUAGCCGAGGCGGUCGAGGAAGUCGAGGCGGUACCACUCGAGGUAACGGCGGCACUGGCCGGGGUGGCGGCCCCGGAUCUCGGGGCGGCGGCGCAGCGAAACGAGCGCGCGGUGCCAAGGCUAAGGCUGCAUCUGAGCGAGAGAAGGCAGAGAAGGAGAAGCCCGCUAAAUCGACUUCCCCGAAGCCGAAUAGCAAUCCUUACGGCCUCUUGCAGCCCACCACGCCCCUGACAGCUACGGCGACGGCCAGCUAA